CUUGGCGCGAAAAUAAUAUAACGAAUUUCGAUAUUUAAAAGUUUUCGCAAAGUGUAGCUGUGUUAUACGGUGUUAAGUUUCUGGAAUAUUUUGUGUUUAUGAAUGGUUUAAAGAGUGUCCACAUGUGUGCAUGAUUAUUCGGCAGUGAAAUUUACGGUCUAAACCCAAGGCUCGUCACACCCAGCUGAACUUCAGGCUCGACACACGCGAUUAUAAACUUUAUGCCCACGGGGCAGAGUCGUAAAUAGACAUGGUCGCAGUCAAAGCGCUGAACUGGCGUUUCGUGCAUUGUUUAGUAACGUGAACAUGAAAAAGAUGCCUCCGCCGCAUCGGGUCACCGUUUUAGCCAUAUCCUUCUUAAUAUGCUUAAGCAUAACCUUAGGAGAAGCGAAGAAAGUAACACAUACACCCAUCUGCACAAUAGGUUUUGACUUGGCUUACACAGACUAUGAAAAGCCAAUCUGCUACCGACUGAAAAGCUCUGAAGCUUUCAAAGACAUAUUUGAAGACUGCGCGGGAAAUCUCUACACAUCAGAGCUAUACCAUAGUCUCAACAUCACAAAACCUAACGUAGAACUAUGGUCCGGGCACAAGUCCUUAUACCCGGGAGGUCCUUUCAUAGACUGGUCUUUCUCUCCGUCAAUCGGAAAAGUUCUAACCAGUACUUAUGACGUGAAGUAUAAUCCUUCUUUAGGUAUAGACGAAGAGCUGUGUGUAGUGAUAGAUCCUGUCAGCAAUUUUACAGCUGUUAGAUGCACUGAGAAGCAUUAUAGAUACUGCAUGGUAGAACCUUAUGAAGAUACCUUAUCAAAAUGCGAAGAACUGACUGAUUAUUAUAGGUUUUGGAGUCCAAAGGCUACUUGCCUGACUCCCGUUACAGUAAGAGGUGGAAAGGUUAGAGCAAGUUGGAGCCAAGCUCAAAUAUUAUGUUCGAAGCGAGGAGGGUCGCUCCUACAUCGAGGAUGGCGGUAUGCCAAUAAUCCUUUGCUCCAUAUUAACAAGACAGACUGGACUGAUCCUUUGGGCGUAGAGGCGACGGCGGGGGAUGAGUUGAGAUGGGUUAUCGAUGAAGAUGGUAAUGAUAAAGUAACAGACUCAGAAAGUCGGAGUUUAGAGGUGGAUGAAUAUAUGAGUAACAACUCACUGGUGGCGUUACGAGACAACGCCUGGCAUCUAGUCAACAAUACUUACACAUUCAUGGAUGUCAUCUGCGAGAGGUCAAUACAUCUGAGGAACGUCAGCUUAAACCUUACUGUUGAAGGAGACCAUGUUGUCCUUUCCGUAAAUGACUCAGUCGACGAGUCCAACAUCCACUGCUACACCGACGCUAUCUUAUAUUCUCCGACCACCAUCAGCAAGAUAGCCCUCGACGACAACAAGUACACACUCAAGACCAUAUCUGACGGCAUGUACUGGUGUAUUCACAGGGAUUCCAGAAAUUUCCGGGUGUCCCAGUCCAAUAAGGUCCUCUUCGUCCGCGAGAAACACGUUGAGAACCUCUACGCUAUCAAAAUACGACUGCGAGGAAGAUACAGAUUCGAAAACAUCGACAAGCAAUACAGAAUCUGGGAGAGAAAAGUCAAAGAAUACAUCUACUACAGAACCAAGUAUGUCGAAAGAUUCGGAGAGAUCACCACCACUAAUGGCCAUGAGGCUGAGGGGCUUCUUCAGAACUACAAAAGAUCUACUGGGGAUGAUUCUGGUGAAGGGUCUUUUAAAGAGACGGAUGUUAUAUACAUGGUGAAGAUAAAGAGAUUGUUUCUGGAUGGAAGGACUGUAUUGCUCCAUGUGCAGUUGAACCCGACAAUGAAGGUCGUGCCUCCAGGGUACUGGGAAGGUUUGGAGGUGAUGUAUAUGAGACCGGCGUACUUUUGUUCUGGCGAUGGGUUGCCAGGAAUUAAACGAGUGGCUUUAGGCCGUUCCGUGAUCACCACCGGUUGCCGCAACCACACCUGCACAGGGGACUUCAACACCGGCGUCUCUUUCGUUAUCACCGAAGCUGACAACUGCUCUAUGCCGUCUGAGACCGUCACCAGCAGGGAGACUAAUAUUUCUGUCUACAUGCCGACGGCUGAACCGAAAACUACUACAGUUGAGGAACAGCUACAGCAAGUGUUGGACGAUUUGGAAGCAAUGAUCAAUAAUGACACCAUUUCCAUUAUGAUGGACACCGCUAGUGACGCUGUUGAUCAGGUGGAUGCACUCCUGGAUAUGGAAGAUGAAUUAGUGAUUCCCGGCCAACUACUUCACCUAGUCGAUGAACUGGCCGCCAGAGUAGACCUGAAUGGUUCUCACCAUGCGCAGGCCAUCGCCAACAACAUCGCCAUGCUUAUGGCUGACUCGAGUCCGGAGAGUCCGGUGAAAGGACUCAGGAUUGCUGCCCAGGGUACUGGGGCUGAGGUGUUCUCUGCUGAUGCCUUUGAGAUUAUUUCCGAAGAAGUGAACGCCACCCACCUAUACGUCGAUGAGAGUGAGGCAGUCGUUCACCUUCCAGAAUCAGUCGCCAACACAUCCCGUCGCAUCAGCUUCGUCGUCUUCCGAAACGACCGCGCCUUCAUGCCUAGCCAUGGGCUCUAUUCUGUCAACAGCAGAGUUCUUAGCAUCAAGAUUGAAGAUCUCACCCAGUUUCCUGAUGGGGAAGUAAUAGAUAUCCAUCUCCGACCAAUAGCAGGCGACCUUGAACGGAACCAAACCCGCAGCUGCGCCUACUGGCACUUCCUCGACGACAACUCCGGCUACUGGUCACAAGAUGGCUGCACUUUUAUCCCGUCCUCCCAACCCGGCCAACUGGACACCUGCCGCUGCGACCACCUCACCCACUUCGCUGAGGUCCUGGUACCUAAGACUGUCUUCUCAGAGCGAAACGAGGCGGUUUUAGAAGUCCUUUCCAUCGUAGGAUGUGUUCUGUCUAUCUUUGGGUUACUUUGCGUUGGUAUAACAGCAGCUAUAUUUAGAUCCUGGAGAAGAGACUUCAGUAACAAGAUUUGGUUGCAACUCUGCAUUGCAAUCUUCAUUCUAAUAGUCUGUUUCUUAGUUGUAGUGUUCGCCCAUUUCGAUCAUUACGACGUGACAUGUUUGUUAGUCGGUGUCUUGUUGCAUUAUUCCGUUCUAGCAUCGUUUUGCUGGAUGCUUGUGGCAGCUGUUUUAUCAUACAGGAGACUGGUUUUAGUUUUUACUAGGGAUGCGUCUCAUAAGUUGUUGAGAGCUUCGGCAUUUUCUUGGGGGACUCCAUGCGCAAUAGUAGGAAUACUUCUUGCCGCUAGUCCACAUGCCUAUUCAGGUCAGUUUGAGGAGAUGUCUCCAAGUUCAAGCUUCUGCUAUCCAUCCGGACUUGGACUUUGGUUGACGGUUUACGCGCCUAUAGCUAUCAUGUUACUCGCAAACUGGACGCUAUUUGUUCUAAUAGUUCGUUCCGUGUUUGCUUCUAGAAGGAUCCAGAGACACGGCGAUUCUAAUGAAGCCUUAAGAUGCGCUUCGGUUAGCUGUCUCUUGGUCUUCCUGUUUGGUUUACCCUGGAUUUUCGGUCUAUUUGCUUCAAACAUUGUCGCGGCGUAUAUUUUCACGUUGACUGCAACUUUCCAAGGUUUCGUUCUCUUUAUUUUCUUCGUGUUGGGGAAUAAAAAGACCAGAGAUCUGUGGUUGAACAAGCUGAAAAUUAAGCAGACCCAGAAGAUACCAGUCACAUCGUCGACUUAUACCAAUAAUAAGAGCCAGAACUCUGCCUCGGAGUGGAGGAAAGGACGGUCUACUCCUGCCACUAUUGAAGCUAACGCCUCCAAGCCCAGAUCUCUCUCUUCUCCUGAUGAAUCCAGGUUUUCUUGACAGAAAUGAGAAAUCAAAAAGUUCACAGAAGUUAUCUUCAGAGGUCCUUGCCAGUUCGUGUCCUAUUUGCGUAUCCAAAAUUUUCUUUUGGUAACUUUUUUAUUUGAAAGUUAACUAUAAGAUGUAUCGUCUCGAAAAUUAGCUCGAUCGACUUGUAUUCGUGUAAAUUGUAGAUUGUAAGUGACUUCAGUAUUUAGUCUUAUUUCUUUGACUUUAAGGAAUUCGCCUUAAGGAAGUGCGAUUGAAACCAUUAGCC